GGCCCACGCUUGUUGAAGGAAACAUGGGCUUCUUUGCGAAACUAUCGGGCCCCAGAAAUUGGUAGUUGCCUAGUUGGAGAAAUAAAGAAAACGAGAAAGCAAUUUAAAGUGGAUUCGCCGCCGGGCGGCGGAGGACGACGAAGAAACUGCAGAAGUGUGGAAGCUUCCCCGGCGCUUAGAACUCAACUCAGCACUCUGCAGACGUUCUUCAUCUGCAGACCAUUCCUGCUUGAGGUUGGCUAAGAUUCUGAACAGGAUUUUUGUUCAAUCCCUCUUUGUUCCUUUACUUUUCUAGUGGAGGGCGAUCCGCCGUUUCACGCCUGGAAGAGCAGCAGUGGCUGAAAGUCUGAAACAGCCAUCGAUUGCCUUUCGGGUUUAGGGGACUUGACUUAAGAACGGAAACGAAUUGGAGAGGAGAAGGUAGAGCUGCUGUGGUGGAUUUUGUGCAUUCGUGGAGCUGCAAUUUCUUUCUAUUAGCGUAUAACAAAGCAGUGUGCUAUUGUUGAUAACGGCAGCUUCUGGUAAGUAAAGAGGGGGAAGGGGGCAAAUGGGAUUUGAAGAUUACCAGGUGGGCUCGCUCCCAACUGUAUUAUAUGUGCCUCAGUUUGUCACAGAAGCUGAAGAGGCUCAUCUCUUGGCCAAGAUAUAUGAAGCACCUUCAGCGAAAUGGAAAUCCUUGAAGAAUAGGAGACUGCAAAAUUGGGGCGGAGUUGUUCACGAAAAGGGUCUUCUGCCACAAGAACUGCCUCCUUGGUUAACAAAAAUCACGCAGCGAAUAAAUGAAGAAUCAGGACUCUUUCCUUCAGCGAUUAAUCAUGUUCUCAUCAAUGAAUACCUCCCAAGCCAAGGAAUAAUGCCACAUCAGGAUGGACCUGCCUAUUUUCCAGUGGCAGCUAUUCUUUCACUUGGAUCUCCUGCAGUUAUGGACUUCACUCCCCAUUCAAGGUUGAGAGCGUCCCCAGAUCCGCUGGAGGAUGAAGGAGGUGAAGGUAGACGACAUCCCAGCAGCGAAACCUUGGAGGCCGAGACAGACAAGUGGAUUGAUGAUCACCACCGUUUUUCUGUUGCACUUAUGCCUAGGAGCCUGCUGAUAUUCAAGGAUGAUGCCUAUUUAGAUUAUCUGCAUGGUAUCAAGGACGCAGAGGUGCAUGAUUUUGAUAAGGCCGUAAAUGUGCAACAAAUCCUUGAUGCGGAGAAUACUUCGCAUGCUGUCAGAAGCACCGAGAUAAUGAGCAUUCAUCGAACCAGUACCCGAAUUUCGCUGACUUGUAGAUUGGUAUUGAAGGUUCAUAAGAAUUUGUUCAAGUUCUGAGGGUGCUGCCAUGUUCCUUUGCAAUAGACAAAUCUUUUAGCUAGGUACAUCUAUUCAUGACCUUGUUUUAAACUUCAAUGCAGAAUGUAGUGUUUUGAAUCUCGAAAUAAAGAUGUCAAAUUGAUGAUAUGGAAUCCUUGUUUGCUCAGAAAAUCGUCCUAGAACUUCGACAUAAAUCAACCUAA